AUGGCGGAAAUUCAAGACGCUGCAAAGAUCAUUAAAAAUAUUAAUUCAUUAAAAAUUAACCAUGGUUUGAUUAUAAAUGCUAAAGGAGUGUGCCCUUCAAAAUUUUCUGCAUAUUCGCCAUGUUCUCGACCUAAAGCUACGCCGUUAGUUAGCUCUUUUGAAGCAACGUUGAAAUUUUCUACAAAACGGCGAGAUUCUUUUUUGUUUAAGAAUCAUAUUGACCACUAUGCCCUUGAUUUGAAGCAUUGUGACUGGAUAUUUGCAAAUUCCGCUGAAACCCUUUUAAUUAAUGAGUCGCCUAUUAAUGAUGUAUGUUUAAAAGUACAAUGUUCGCAAUUUGAAUUAAUUGUUGAAAAAGAAACGAUAAAACCUUCCGAAGAAAUAGUUGCCAAAAUAAAAGAGGCUCUGGAACAUUAUAACCCCUAUAAUGAAUUAAUGAAUAUUUUCGAAAUUUACGGAAAAUUUAUUCCUAAAAAACUUAUUCUUGGACAUAAAUUAUAUAGAGUUACUUGUUUAAUUGUGGAUGAGAGUUUGCCAGAUGCUAACUUUAAAGAAGGAGAACGGACAGCCGAUUUUAUGACAGAAGAAUAUAAUGAUAUUUUAAAUCAGUGGGAAAAAUGCAUAGGUUCACGUGGUUUUGAUUCGUCUUAUUUUGUGACCGUAGACGAUAAAUUAAUUAUGAAAGAUGAGCUUGAAAAGUGGAUGAAAAUUUGCUCAGAAAGCGAUUAUGACUCAUUACAAAUAAUCAGUUUAGAUGAAUUAUGUCCAAUAUAUGAAAUAUUUGAUGAGUCUCUUUGUGAUGAAAUUAAAUCUAUUCUUGGAAUAAAUUGUCAGCCAGAAAGUUUUAACAUAAAAGAAAAGGUACUAUUUUCUGGAAUAAUUCCAGUUAAUGCCCCGCCUUUUUCUUAUCGUGCGAAUUUUCCAGUUUGUUUUAAAUCAAAUAAUUACCAAGUUUUUGGAAAACUCGUGAAACAAAGUGGAGAACCAAUUGAUAAAGUUACCAUCAAGUUCAAAUUUAUUGAUAUAUAUGGAUUCUAUGCAUUCGUGGAAAAUUUUGAUGCAAUUGCUGAGCAUACAGAAUUGCAAAUAGAAUGGAUAUUAAUCGGAAUACCUGCUAAAAUUGGAUUUUUUAGCAUAAACACACGAAAUAUUCGCAUUUUAAGAUCGAUUAAUACUUCAUUUUCACCAAGAUUAAAUGAAAACAACUGGAAUAUUACAUUAAAUAUUCAAGAAAGUCUACCACAAUAUUCAUUUCUUGUUACUUCAUUUAAAUAUUCAUCAAAUUAUGAGCGAAGCUUCGAUGUUGAUGCUCUAAACUACCGAUGUAACGAUAAUAAAAUCGAACUUAAUGUUUAUAUUGCUGAUAACAAAGAUAUGAAAUCUUCACCUAUGGAAAUAUGUGAUUCUGAUGGAAAUAAUUUUAAAAAUAAAGAAGUUAAUGGCGAUGAACCAAAAUGCUUAAUCCAAUGUUUUAUUCUUUUCUUAGAAAGCCGGGAAAAAUUGGCAGUACAUUUGAAUGCUAUAGGCAAAACUGUUAGUCUCGAGGAAGAGAUGACCAGUAAACUACAGAAUAUCGAAAUAAAUUCAGUUGAAUCUAAACAUGACAAUUAUGAAGAAAAAGGUCCUGAAAACUACAUAAAUAUUUCUCAACCAAAUUUCGGA